UCAAGGCCUGCCCUGCCGUACUGCUGCUGCAUCACAGCCGCAUCUCGCUCCUGCCGCAACCACCCACCUAGGCCUGCUGACGUGGCCGUACGGCCAGCACACAACGCGCUACUCACCCCAGUCACCGCCAGAGGCACGAUCGGAUUCGGCCAAGCAUUCUCCUCGCCGCAAUCCGCGCUGUUGCGCCACACCGCGUCUCCGUCGCUCGUCGUUUCAACCAUCCUCCCUCGUCCUCCAUCCCUCCGUCAAUUGCCUGAGUCCGAGCCCUCAUCGUCCGUCAGCGUCGAGGCCAUCGCCUUGAUUCCGUCAGCCUCCGUCGCUCGUCGGCCGUCACUCGCGCCCAUGCUGAGAGUGGGCGCACGAGUUGCGCGAGAGCGCGCAAAGCAGGUGGGGCGGGAGGCGGGCUCUGCGUUGGGGGGAAGAGGAGCUGCGCGGAGUGCGUGCGAGGGAGGGGGAUGCGCGGGAGGCGAGGGCGUGCUUGCGGGGGGCGGAUGGCAGCCAUGCAGCAGCGCGCGCGGUGACGCGGGCCCGCCCCUUCUCCGCGUCGCCCUGCGCCACUUCACCUCCGCACGCCCCGCCGCCGCCUCCCCUAGCCCCUUUGGCGCAGGCAGCGCCAGCAUGGGGGGCUGGGGGCGGGCGGCAGCGGCGCGGAGAGCUGGCGCGGGGGAGCGGGAGCAGGUGGCGUGGCUGGCGGAGAUGGCGCGACGCAGCCCAGAAGAGGCCAUCCGCGCGUUUGAGGCGAGCCCGCACCUGCAUGGCGUGCCGGGGGCGCUGGCGGAGUACGUGCGCGCGCUGGUGGCCGUGGACCGCCUGGACGGCAGCGCGCUGCUCGCCACGCUGCAGCGAGGCGCUGCACCCUCCGUCUCCCCCUUCCCCUCCUCCGCCCCCCCCACCAUGCGCUCCUCCCUCGCCGCCAUGGCCGCUUCCCCCUCCGCACCCCUGCCCUCCGCACCCCUGCCCUCCGCCCGCCCCCUCCUGCCCGCGGCGGUGGGCGCGUUCCCCCCUGAGGGCGCGCUGGGCACGGCGAGUGCGCCGCUGCACAUGGUGGCCAGCGAGGGCGCGCGGGGGCAGGCAUGGCGCGCUCUGCGGUCGCUGGCCCUGGCGGGGCUCGUGGUGGGCGCGCUGUGGGGCAUCGCCCGCGAGAGAGACGUCGGCAGAGGGCUGGGGCUGAACGAGGAGGUGCAGCCGAUGGCGGAGAGCGACACGCGCUUCAGCGACGUCAAGGGCGUCGAUGAGGCCAAGGCGGAGCUCGAGGAGAUCGUGCACUACCUGAGAGACCCCAAGCGCUUCACCCGGCUGGGAGGCAAGCUGCCCAAGGGCGUGUUGCUGGUGGGCCCGCCCGGCACGGGCAAGACGAUGCUGGCGCGGGCCAUAGCGGGCGAGGCGGGGGUGCCCUUCUUCUACGCGUCGGGGUCGGAGUUUGAGGAGAUGUUUGUCGGGGUGGGCGCGCGGCGCGUGCGCGAGCUGUUUGCGGCGGCGAAGAAGGCGGCGCCGUGCAUCGUGUUCCUGGACGAGAUCGACGCCAUCGGGGGCAGCCGCAACCCCAAGGACCAGCAGUACAUGAAGAUGACGCUCAACCAGCUGCUGGUGGAGCUUGACGGCUUCAAGCAGAGCCAGGGCGUCAUCGUGGUGGCCGCCACCAACUUCCCCGAGAGCCUCGACAAGGCGCUCGUGCGGCCGGGCCGGUUCGACCGCCACGUGGUGGUGCCCAACCCAGACGUGGAGGGGCGGCGGCAGAUCCUGGAGCAACACAUGCACAAGAUCCCCCGGGCUGAUGACGUGGACCUGUCAGUGAUAGCGCGGGGCACGCCGGGCUUCAGCGGAGCGGACCUGGCGAAUCUGGUGAACGUGGCGGCGCUGCGGGCGGCCAUGGAGGGGCAGCGCGCGGUGGGGCUGGCGCACCUGGAGCACGCCAAAGACCGCAUCCUCAUGGGCGCCGAGCGCAAGUCCGCUGUCAUCUCGCCGCAGACCAGGCGCCUCACCGCGUACCACGAGGGUGGGCACGCGCUGGUCGCGGUGUACACAGCGGGCGCGCAUCCGGUGCACAAGGCGACCAUCGUGCCGCGCGGGGUGGCGCUGGGGAUGGUGGCGCAGCUGCCCGAGACGGACGAGGUCAGCGUGUCGCGCCGCCAGAUGCUGGCGCGCCUCGACGUGUGCAUGGGCGGGCGGGUCGCGGAGGAGCUGGUGUUUGGGCCGGGCGAGGUGACCUCGGGGGCCAGCAGCGACAUCGGGGUGGCGACGCGGCUGGCGCGGGAGAUGGUGACCAAGUACGGCAUGAGCGAGGCGGUGGGCGUGGUGGCGCACGACUACGAGGACGACGGCCGCAGCAUGAGCGCGGAGACGCGGCUGACCAUCGAGAGGGAGGUGCGCGCGCUGCUGCAGCAGGCGUACGACAACGCGCGCGCCAUCCUGGUGCGGCAUGAGGGCGAGCUGCAUGCGCUGGCCGCCGCGCUGCUGGACAGGGAGACGCUCACCGGCGCGCAGGUGAAGGCCGUGCUGGAGAGCGCUCGGACCAACGCUCUCACUGCCACGGCCCCUGCUGCUGCUGCCACCGCUGCUGUGGUGGCUGAUGGCCUUGCCGGCUCUGCGCCUUCCUCUGUCCCCAAAACAGCCACGGCUGCUGCUGCGGCUGCGGCUGCAGCUGCUGCAGAGGCCGCUGCCAACGCUGCUGGGGCGCCCACCCAACCCGCAGGGGCCUAGUGACCCGUAGGGCUGCUGCUCCCCUUCACACUUCUUCACACCCCAUCGCACCUUCUCCACAUCGCACCUCCUCAUCACACCUCUCCUCUACACCACACCACCUAUCGCACCUCCCAUGGCAUCUCCCAUCACAACUGCUCUUGCGAUUCAGUGAGAGCUCUCAGCAGAUGGCACAUGGCACACGGCGUAUGGCAGGCCUGUGUGAGGAGGAAAGCCAAGUCUGAUGAUAGUGGCACCUCAAGGCGUGUCAAUGUGGUCAAUGUGGCAAUUGCGCUUUGCUCUUAUUUGUUGCAUUAUCUUUGGAAACGAAUCGUAUGCUCCUGGUAAUGUAAUGUACAGUAAAGGGCAGCAAGAGCGAGUCAAGUCACUGGUGUGUUCUU